GAUAUAAAUCUAAAACCAAUACCAAAUUAAAUUAUAAAUCCAUGCGAAGCUCGAGCUCUCGGUCUCGAUAAUUUUCUUUUUCCCUUCUCUACCAAGAAUAUUUAUUUCCAUUUCCCAUCGUUUUCCCCCAAUUCCUCGUCUGGGUGUGUGCUGUGGCGAGGGUUUGGUGGCGAAGAAGAGAUGGAGGAAUUAGGGUCUUCUUUUUUUUCCUUGGCUCGGAGGUCGAGUUAACCCUAAAACUCUGAAAACCCAAGCGCUUCGUCACGUUCGCGGCUCAGUCUAUUGAUCAAUUUUGAGGUGUGAUUUAAAGAGGGGUUUUCGUUUAUUCUGUACUGAGAAGAGGGAAGAUUUAGUGGAGACGUAAUGCUGAUAUGCUCUUUCAAGCUGCAGGUGUGAUUUAAAGAGGGGUUUUCGUUCAGUAUAUGGUAUCGUAUUAUUCUGUACUGAGAAGAGGUAAGAUUUAGUGGAAGUGCCAAGAAAAGAGGUAGCGCGUUGGUAUUUAGGGUUUUGAAGAAUGGAUGGUAGAGAUUCUUUGAGACUGAACUCGUCCCAGCCUCUGGGGAUGAUGGUGGAGAGCAAUUCCUAUGGAGCUGCAGCACCAAAUGGUCCCAUGGUAGUUCCAAAUUCAGCAGGAAUGAUGCAUGGAAUGCGGUUAUCCUUCGAUACUAUGACUUCUUCGGUAACGAAACCCAUGGAUUCACCUAUCUCUUUGUAUCAUGGCGAUGGUAUGUCAGGGACUAGACCAAGUGGUGUACUUAACAUGGGUGAGCCAAUGAAGAAAAAAAAAGGAAGGCCAAGAAAAUAUGGAGCUGAUGGUAGCAUGGCUUUGGCUUUAAUUCCUAGACCUUCCGUUUCGGGGUACCAUAAUAGUCCAAUGUCAGAUCUGGGAACUAAGCGCCGGGGCCGCCCUCCGGGAUCAGGAAAGAAGAAACAACUUGAUGCCCUGGUUUCAGGAUCUUCAGGGAUCGCUUUUACUCCACAUGUUAUUACUGUUAAGGCUGGAGAGGACGUGGCUUCUAAAAUCAUGGCAUUCUCACAGCAAGGUCCUAGAACAGUUUGUAUACUUUCAGCAAAUGGUGCCAUCUGUAAUGUCACACUUCGUCAGCCAGCAACCUCUGGUGGAACAGUGACAUACGAGGGCCGCUUUGAGAUCAUCUCUCUAUCAGGUUCCUUUCUUCUUACAGAGGAUGGUGGCACUCGUAGCAGAACUGGUGGUUUGAGCGUGGCAUUAGCAGGAUCUGAUGGUCGUGUUCUUGGGGGUAGUGUGGCUGGAAUGUUGAUGGCAGCAACACCUGUGCAGGUUGUCAUGGGCAGUUUCAUUGCAGAAGGGAAAAGCCCAAAGCCAGAGCCAUUGAAACGUGAACCCUUAUCAGCCCCUCCUCAAAUGGCAGACUUUGGGAUCGCUUUGGCGGCAAGCCCACCCUCUGAAGGGACAUCAAGUGAAUCAUCUGAUGACCCUGGUAGCCUCAUCAACCAAAGUGGUACCUGCAACAAUUCAAGCCAGCACAUUCAGUCUGCAUAUGCAUCCAUUGAUUGGUCACACUCUGCAAAUCCGAACAGACAUGAUUCUGACAUGAAAAUGAUUCCCGACUAGCAAACUUUCAGUUUGAAGUCUUGCUUGCUUGAAGGAGGAAAGUCUGAGGAGUUGGAUCAAUGUAUUUCCUUGUAGCCUUUAAAAGUUGCUUCCUUCAUCCUUCAGAGAGAGGAGUAAGGAAACAGACCUUGUCCCGGCCUCUAACUUUAUACCACUGCCAGUGGCAAGUUUGCAACAUAAUUUUCUGUUGAAAGCUGUAAUCAUGGCUUUUAAGGGUAUCUUUGUAGUUCAAAAAAUAUUUGCUUGUUUUUAUUUCCCCAGUAUUUAUAGAAGUAGCUUUUGUUGACCAAGUAACUUCCUACAAUUCUGCAA